ACAGACAGAGGGUCAAAGGAGGCAUAGGUUCCCUAGAGAGAGCUGGUCUUCAGUAGAAGCACUCAUCCAUCUGCACAGCACCAUAUUUGCAGAGGAAGCCACAUACAAGAGCAGUGAGCAGCAGAGAUUUCCAUAAUGUUGGGGAUUGUUGAGCUGUUUGUAGCCCUGGUAUCCUCCCUCCUGAUCUUGCAGUUCCUGAAGCUGCAGUGGAUGCGUAGCCAGCUCCCUCCAGGACCAGUUCCUCUCCCCAUCAUUGGGAACUUGUGGCUGCUGGACUUCAAACUUCGCCGAGAAACUCUCGCUAAGUUAACCACCAUCUAUGGCAACAUCUACACAGUGUGGAUGGGACAGACUCCCGUGGUUGUACUGAAUGGCUACAAAGCAGUAAAAGAUGGCAUCGUCACCCAUUCAGAGGAGACUUCUGGAAGACCUCUCACACCAUUCUACAGGGACAUGAUGGGCGAAAAAGGCAUUUUUCUGACAAGUGGGCACACCUGGAAGCAACAGAGACGCUUUGGGAUGACCAUCAUACGGAGCCUAGGAUUUGGGAAGAACAACUUGGAGCAUCAAAUUCAAACAGAGGCCUCUCAUCUUCUGGCUAUCUUCGCAAACACAAAAGGUGAGCCUUUCAACCCCCGCACUUCCAUCGUCCAUGCCAUUGCCAAUAUAAUCUGUGCUGUUGUUUUUGGCCAUCGCUUCUCCAGCGAGGAUGAAUCUUUCAGCAAGCUUAUCAAAGCAGUUUAUUUUGUGAUCUACUUUCAAGCUACUAUCUGGGGCAGGAUGUACGAUGCUUUCCCAUGGCUUAUGCACCACUUCCCAGGUCCACAUCAGAAGGUGUUCGCCUACAAUGACUUCAUGCACAGUUUAGUUAUGAAUGAGGUCCAGAUGCAUGAGAGAGAGAAGACAAGUGAUCCACAGGAUCUCAUUGACUUCUACCUAACCCAAAUAGCAAAAACCAAAGAUGACCCCACCUCUACGUUUAAUAAAGACAAUAUGGUUCAGACCGUGGUUGAUCUCUUGCUAGGAGGGACUGAAACAACAAGCACCACCCUCCUCUGGGCACUGCUCUAUAUGGUACAGUAUCCAGAAAUACAAGAAAGAGUUCAAAGAGAGAUAGAGGCUGUUCUGGAACCUUCCCACGUCAUCAGCUAUGAAGACCGCAAAAGACUGCCCUAUACAAAUGCUGUGAUUCACGAGACUUUGCGGUACAGCAACAUCACUUCUGUGGGGGUCCCUCGACUGUGUGUGAGGAAUACGACUUUGCUGGGCUUUCACAUUAAAAAGGGCACACUUGUGCUGCCAAAUCUGCACUCUGUGGUGUAUGACAGUGACCACUGGGCAACCCCUUGGAAGUUCAACCCAAACCAUUUCCUCGAUUUGGAUGGCAACUUUGUGCACAAAGAGGCAUUUUUACCCUUCUCAGCAGGUAAUGCCCCAACAUUUCAGCAUCUCUCUUCAUUUGUCUUGCAGCACAACAACAAACAUUCUAAAUUCUAA